CCAUCAACUCAUCAAGAAGCCUUCACUCUCUUCUUUCCAUCUCCCAAGAUGAUUGUGUAGGUUGUUCUCUCUAGAAGGAAUUCAUGUCUGAAAGCUAACUCACUUGAAUUUUGUUGAUCAUUUUACAUGUACUGCGCCUGUUAUCAUAAACCUGAAAAGGAAAGGAUGCCAUGAAUGUACUUUUGCAAGAAGCGAACACGAAGGAUUGAAUGGAAGCCUUUAGCUUUCUUCUGUUAUGCUUCUCUCUGCUGGAUUUAACAGCAUUUUGUGUUGCAAGAGACACAAUUACCACACUGCAAUCUAUAAGUGAUGGUGACACAUUAGUUUCAGCAGAUGAAACCUUUGCAUUGGGAUUCUUCAGCCCUGGAACUUCCAAGAACCAUUAUGUUGGAAUUUGGUAUAACAAAGAUCCAACAAAGGCAAUAGUAUGGGUUGCAAACAGAGAAAACCCCCUCACUGACUCAUCAGGGGUUUUGAAGGUCAACAACACCGGAAUUCUAGUCCUUCUUGAUAGUAAUAAUAGUCUUAUUUGGUCAUCCAACACCACACGAUCGGCACAAAAUCCAGUUGCAAAGCUUUUGAAUUCUGGGAAUUUUGUUGUGCAGGAUGACACCAACAGUGACACGGAAGAUUUUCUGUGGCAAAGUUUUGACUAUCCAGGCGACACAAUCUUGCCUGGACAGAAGUUUGGAAGAAACUUAGCUACAGGAUUAAAUUGGUUGAUAACAUCAUGGAAAAGCUCUGAUGAUCCCUCUCAAGGUAGCUUUAGCUAUCAAUUCGACAUUGAUGGAUAUCCGCAAUUAGUAUUAAGAGAAGACACAACAAAAAGAUUUCGUUUUGGAUCAUGGAAUGGUAUUCAGUUUAGUGGGGGACCACAGUUGAAAAAUGACUCUGUAUUUAGAUUUAGCAUGAUUUCUAAUGAGCAAGAGGUAUAUUAUGUAUAUUGGCUUGUUGAUAAUUCAGUGCAUCAAAGGUUGCAGGUAACAUCGGACGGAUUCAGCCACCGGACAAGUUGGAGUGGUGGAAAUACAGGUUGGACCACAGUUUCGCACUUACCGGUGGAUGACUGUGAUUAUUAUGGAAAAUGUGGAGCAUAUGCUAGUUGUGAUACAAACAGUUUUCCCAUGUGUAAUUGCCUGGAUGGUUUUGUACAGAAAACAACUGAUUCAUCAAGUGGUUGUGUUAGGAGAACUUCAUUGAGUUGCAAUCAUUCAGAUGGGUUUGUGAAGUUUUCGGGGCUAAAGUUACCAGACACUGAAGGGACAUGGUUUAAUAGAAGCAUGAGACUUGAGGAUUGUAGGAUCUUGUGCUGGAACAAUUGCUCUUGUAUGGCUUAUGCAGCUUUGGAUGUCAGCAAAGGGCCAAAUGGUUGUUUACUUUGGUUUGGUAAUCUUGUAGAUAUGAAAGCGUUGAGUGCAUCGGAUGAAGAUAUUUAUAUAAGGAUGGCAGGCAAAGAUGUAGAAGCUAUUGAACAAAACAGAUCACAGAAGUCCAAGAAACGGAAGCGAAAGAUUAUUAUUGCCGUAAGCUGUGUGUUGUCUUUUGGAAUUUUGAUCCUAUGCUUGGCCUUCAUCUAUAGAUGGAAGAAGCAUCUGAAAGGAAAGAUAAAAGAAGAAACAGAAUCAGGUGCAAUAAAUAGUCACCAUGAUGAGGAUGAUCUGGAACUGCCUUUAUUUGAUAUGUGCACAAUUACUUCUGCAACAAGUAAUUUUUCAAGUGACAAUAUACUAGGGACAGGUGGUUUUGGAUCAGUUUAUAAGGGUAUCUUGGAAGAUGGGCAGGAGAUAGCUGUCAAGCGACUUUCGCAGAAUUCAAGUCAAGGACUCCAAGAGUUCAAAAAUGAAGUUAUGCAUAUUGCUAAACUUCAGCACCGAAAUUUAGUGAAGCUAUUAGGGUGCUGCAUUCAAGCAGGCGAGAGAAUGUUGAUUUAUGAAUUUAUGCACAACAAAAGCUUGGACUUCUUUAUAUUUGAUUGUGAGAGGGGAAAACUACUAGACUGGCCAAGGCGUUUUCUUAUUAUUAAUGGAAUUGCUAGAGGCUUGCUUUAUCUUCAUCAAGAUUCAAGAUAUAGAAUAGUUCAUAGAGAUCUUAAGGCUGGGAAUGUUUUGUUAGAUGACGAAUUGAAUCCUAAAAUCUCAGACUUUGGACUAGCACGAAACUUCGUAGGAAAUGAAAACCAAGCAAAAACAAGUCAUAUUGUUGGGACUUACGGCUAUCUGUCACCGGAGUGCAUAGUUGACGGGAUAUACUCAACAAAAUCUGAUGUCUACAGCUUCGGAGUGCUGGUGUUAGAGAUAGUUAGUGGGAAGAGAAACAGAGGAUUCAUCCAUAUUGAUCACAAUUUGAAUCUUCUUGGGCAUGCAUGGACACUUUUCACAGAAGGCAAGUGCUUAGAAAUAGUCGAUGCAUCUAUCAAAGACUCUAUUGAUUUGCCAGAAGUCCUAAGAUCAAUUCAUGUUGGUCUACUAUGUGUGCAACGAAAUCCAGAAGAUCGACCAAGCAUGUCGUAUGUGCUUAUGAUGCUGAGUAGUGAAUGGGCAUUGCCUCAGCCAAAGAAGCCCGGAUUCUUUAUUGAGAGAGAUGUGGUUGGUGACAGUUCUUCAUCAAGCAACAAUAAACUAUUAUCAGUUAAUCAUCUCACAGUCACCCAAGUCUGUCCGCGAUAGAUUUUGGUUCAAAAUUGAUAAGCUCAAGGAUGACCACAAUGAUAAGCCAAUUCCAUAUACAAUAGUAAACAGAUACAGCGCUUCACGACAUACACAAGCGUUUUAGUCCUCUUAUAUGAUACAUCCAUACGAAAUUUUGUAUCAAUACGAAAUGCAUAAAUAGGAGUAUUUAAG